GGGGCCUCGCGCGCAUUGGCGGCCGGCAGCGGCGGAGGAGCGGAGCCCGGCGGCGGCCUCGGCAGCGGCGGAGCGGGGCAGGGCAGGGCGCGGCGCGGCGCUCGCAGGCCGGCAGGAUGCUGGAGAUCCAGCUGGACGAUGGCGGCGUGGGGGGGUACCCGGGCGACGACUACUGCUCGGGCUCGGUGAUGUCGGAGCGGGUCUCGGGCCUGGCCAACAGCAUCUACCGCGAGUUCGAGCGGCUCAUCCACUGCUACGACGAGGAGGUGGUGAAGGAGCUGAUGCCGCUGGUGGUGACGGUGCUGGAGAACCUGGACUCGGUGCUGACCGACAACCAGGAGCACGAGGUGGAGCUGGAGCUGCUGCGGGAGGACAACGAGCAGCUCCUCACGCAGUACGAGCGGGAGAAGGCGCUGCGCAAGCAGGCCGAGGAGAAGUUUAUAGAGUUUGAAGAUGCACUGGAGCAGGAGAAGAAAGAACUACAAAUCCAAGUGGAACACCUUGAAUUUCAGACUCGACAGUUGGAGCUGAAGACCAAAAACUAUGCAGAUCAGAUUUCACGACUGGAAGAGCGUGAAUCAGAAAUGAAGAAAGAGUAUAAUGCUUUACAUCAGCGUCACACAGAGAUGAUCCAGACUUAUGUGGAACACAUUGAACGAUCCAAGAUGCAGCAGGUUGGCGGAAAUAAUCAAACUGAGGGCAGUGUACCUGGGAGAAGUCAUCGCCAGUCAUGGAGGAAAAGCAGGAAGGAACGUCCUAACUCUCUGAAUGUCUUCCCCCUCGCGGAUGGCAUGUGCCCCCAAGAUGACAUGUCUGAAUCUGGGCAGUCCUCGGCAGCUGCCACACCGAGCACCACAGGAACCAAGUCCAACACUCCUACAUCAUCUGUGCCCUCUGCUGCUGUCACGCCCCUGAAUGAGAGCGUCCAACCCGUCAGCGAAUACAAUGGCACAACCAAGGGCAACAAGAGGACACGAGAAAAGCGGAACAGUCGGAACAUGGAAGUCCAGGUUACGCAGGAGAUGAGGAAUGUCAGCAUAGGUAUGGGAAGCAGUGACGAGUGGUCCGAUGUUCAGGACAUCAUAGACUCUACACCAGAACUGGAUAUGUGUCAAGAUCCCCGCCUGGAACGCACUGGUAACAGCCCAACACAGGGGAUUGUGAACAAAGCAUUCGGCAUCAACACGGACUCUCUGUAUCAUGAACUUUCCACAGCAGGGUCCGAGGUUAUCGGGGAUGUUGAUGAAGGAGCAGAUCUGCUAGGAAUGGGCAAAGAAGUGGGGAAUUUGCUGUUGGAAAACUCGCAGCUACUGGAGACCAAAAAUGCUUUGAACGUUGUGAAGAAUGAUUUGAUUGCCAAGGUGGACCAGCUGUCUGGAGAGCAAGAGGUGCUGAAGGGAGAACUUGAGGCAACAAAGCAGGCCAAAGCCAAAAUGGAAACCAGAGUCAAAGAGUUGGAGGAAGAGCUGAAAAGAGUGAAAUCUGAAGCGAUUGUUGCACGACGAGAACCCAAAGAGGAGGUGGAGGAUGUAAGCAGCUAUCUCUGUACCGAAUUGGACAACAUUCCCAUAGCUCAGCGACGUCGCUUCACCCGCGUAGAAAUGGCAAGGGUUCUGAUGGAGCGCAAUCAAUACAAAGAGAGAUUGAUGGAGCUCCAGGAGGCUGUCAGGUGGACAGAGAUGAUCAGAGCUUCCCGUGAGCACCCAUCCGUCCAGGAAAAGAAGAAGUCUACCAUCUGGCAGUUCUUCAGCCGUCUAUUCAGUUCCUCUUCAAGUCCCCCACCAGCAAAGAGGACCUACCCAUCUGUGAACAUCCACUACAAGUCUCCAACGACAGCAGGGUUCAGCCAGCGUCGCAGUCACACCAUGUGCCAGAUCUCCUCUGGCAGCCGCACCCUGGAGUUCUUCCCUGAAGAUGACUGCACAUCCUCAGCACGUCGUGAACAGAAGCGAGAGCAGUACCGCCAGGUCCGGGAGCACGUGCGGAAUGAUGAUGGGCGAUUGCAGGCCUGUGGCUGGAGUCUCCCUGCCAAGUACAAACAGCUGAGCCCUAAUGGUGGUCAGGAAGAUAAUCGCAUGAAAAAUGUCCCUGUGCCUGUAUAUUGUCGCCCACUAGUAGAGAAGGAUCCAACCAUGAAGCUGUGGUGUGCAGCUGGAGUCAAUCUCAUGGGAUGGAGACCUUUGGAGCAGGAGUCUGGGAAUGGGCAGAAACUGGAUCCUGGACGUGAUCCCCUCACUUGUGAUCGGGAAGUGGAGUGCGAGAACAAUAAAAGUAACCACACCUCUCCUGAAAAGAAAAAGGCGAAGGAGUUCCAUGAAAUGGAUGCCACAUCCAGUCGUGUCUGGAUUCUCACCAGUACACUGUCAACAAGUAAAGUUGUAAUCAUUGAUGCCAAUCAGCCUGGCACAGUAGUGGACCAGUUCACUGUCUGCAACGCUCAUGUGCUCUGCAUCUCCAGCAUCCCUGCGGCCAGUGAGAGUGAUUAUCCUCCAGGCGAGAUCUUUCUGGAGGGAGAUGUAAAUCCUGAAGAGUCAUCUGGAACAGAUGGUGUCUUGGCAGGAAUCACUCUGGUGGGCUGUGCAACCCGCUGCAAUGUGCCACGAAGCAACUGUUCCUCGCGUGGUGACACACCUGUGCUGGACAAGGGACAGAGUGAAGUGGCUGCUGUCUGCAAUGGGAAGAUCAACCAGUCCCAGUCCACAGAGGAGGCAACAGAAGCUACAGAGGUACCAGAGAAUGGUACAAGUGAAGCAGACCCUAUUCAAGCCCGGCCUGGGCCCCUCACAGAGCACGUGUUUACGGAUCCAGUCCCUGUGCAGGCACCUCUUAGGCAGAAUGGGGAGAAUGGUCAGCUGAAGGCAGAGUCGAGCACAGUACUGCCAGAUCAGGAAUCAAAUGGGGAUGCUGCUGGGACUUGCACCAGUGCUGCCCCCACCAUGUGGCUGGGAGCACAGAAUGGCUGGCUGUAUGUGCACUCUGCGGUGUCUAACUGGAAGAAGUGUCUGCACUCAAUAAAGCUGAAAGACUCCGUACUGAGUCUAGUGCAUGUGAAGGGAAGGGUCCUUGUUGCUCUGGCAGAUGGAACACUAGCCAUAUUCCACCGAGGAGAAGAUGGUCAGUGGGAUCUCAGUAAUUACCACCUCAUGGACCUUGGUCAUACUCACCAUUCUAUCCGCUGCAUGGCUGUUGUGUAUGACAGAGUCUGGUGUGGCUACAAGAACAAAAUCCAUGUUAUUCAACCUAAGACAAUGCAGAUUGAGAAAUCCUUUGAUGCCCACCCUCGGCGCGAGAGCCAGGUGCGACAGCUGGCAUGGAUUGGAGAUGGAGUAUGGGUUUCCAUCCGCCUGGACUCCACCCUGAGGCUUUACCAUGCUCACAGCCAUCAACAUCUGCAGGAUGUUGACAUCGAGCCUUAUGUCAGCAAGAUGCUAGGUACUGGAAAACUGGGCUUCUCCUUUGUACGGAUUACAGCUCUGCUCAUUGCUGGCAAUCGUCUCUGGGUGGGGACAGGGAAUGGUGUUGUCAUCUCCAUUCCACUGACUGAGACUGUAGUCCUCCACCGAGGCCAACUUCUUGGGCUCCGGGCCAACAAGACCUCACCCACCUCUGGAGAGGGCAGCCGCUCUGGUGGGGUCAUCCAUGUGUAUGGCGAUGACAACAGCGACAAAUCUGCCAGCAGUUUUAUUCCCUACUGCUCCAUGGCUCAGGCACAACUCUGUUUCCACGGUCACCGUGAUGCUGUCAAGUUCUUUGUCUCUGUGCCUGGCAACGUCCUCGCAACCUUGAAUGGGAGUGUGUUGGACAGCCCUUCAGAGAACCCCAGCACAGCAGCCACAGAGACCGAGGGGCAGAAGCUGAAGAAUGUCCUAGUGCUGAGUGGAGGAGAAGGGUACAUCGAUUUCCGGAUCGGGGAUGGAGAAGAUGAUGAGACAGAAGAGAACGCAGGAGAUGCCACCCAGGUGAAGCCAGUACUUUCUAAGGCAGAAAGGAGCCACAUUAUUGUGUGGCAGGUAUCAUAUAUCCCUGAGUGAGAAUUUCUCCUUUCCUACCAACGUAAGUGUCCCUCCUCCCACCUGAAUGCCAAGAUGUACAUACAGAACGUCUGCAUUAUACCUACUGCUGGAAACCGACCCCAGACAACUGCAGCGGCUCCUGCCUCGGACUGUCACCCCCUUCUAACCUCUGAACUUGCAGCUUUCAUCUUGGGCCUGUGCGCUUUCUGCGUGGUUGGGUUGUUAUUCUGCUCUGGAGCUGGUGUCUACAAGGAGAGAAAUGGCAGCACAUUGAUAAAGUGAAGCUUGGAGCCAGAGCUGUGCAAAGACUUUGCCUGGGGCUGGGGAGAUGGACUGGUGGUGGCUGUGGUUGUCCAGCAGGUUGCCUUGCUCCCACCUGCAUGAGAAGUAGUAUGUCACCCUGGUGUCCUCCGCCAAAGCAGUGGUGGUAAAUCACAACUCCUACAACACUAGAAAAAAUGCUUUCUAGUUCACCAGUGGACUUUUCACCUUAUCCACUAUGCACAGAGUACACUUAAGCACAGAAUAAUAUCCCCCAGACUGACAGCUGCCAGGUCCAAGGAGCCUUCAAUAGAAAGGAGCACUUCUGCUGGUUGGCCGGAGACGGUGGCAGUGCCAUUACUGUGGGGAACACAUCCUCCAUACGAGCAGAUGGAAAGUCUCCCUCCUCUUCUGCUGCUGUUGUCUUAGCAGUAGUGUGCUGGGUGACUGUAUGUAUCCAGAGAGAAUUGUGUGGUAGCCUCCGAUGGGCGGCAGGUGUUUGAUUGUGGAGGCCGUGGGGCCUUUGGAAGCUAUGGUAACAAAGAGGUACUGGAACCUUGUUAUUUGAGAGCAGAAAAGGCAGCAAUGCUUUUAACUCCUUUUUCCAGAAAUGCCAGGCAAAAAAAGACCUCUUGAGCUCAUUCUUUUUAUGAGCCUGAAAGGUUUAGGAUAAAUUUGUCUCUGUAUAGCAUUUGUUGGCUUUUAAACUACAGGUGAGGGCAGAUAAUGUUGGUGUACUGUGGAUUCUGCAUUAACGUGGUGAGAUUACCUUGACUCAUACGGAUGUGUCCCAUCCUAGGAACUGCUGGCAUCCUGCUGGAAGGGGGUGGCUGUUUUCACACAGUGGCUGUCAGGUUAGGGAAGUGUGUAGAUGCAGUCAAGGUGUACAGGCUGUCUCUCACCUGAGGUCACACGGAAAAGGGAAUUGGGGCCAGAUCUCCCAGCAUCUUUUACCUAACAUCACAAGCACUGACUGACUUUGUUAUUAAGUAGCUUGAAAAGCUGUACAUUUCUGACUCCUGAAAAGAAUGACAACCCCUGAGAGAAUUUUGACUGCCCUCCUUGUGUGAGCUGUGCUGUGGGAUUGUAAGUGCGUGUCCUGCUUAUAGGAGAAGCAGCAAAAAUUGGGGUCAGGGAGAGCAGUUUUAAGCUCCGUAUUCAGAGCGUGGCAGCUCCAGAUGUGGAGGCAAUGGUUUGUCCUUCCUUUCUGACAGUGGAGACAGACCUGUCUCCACAAGGGCACAUUGUUAGCGAUGAACUGAGAAGAUCCUGGUGAUCGUCUUGUUUUUCCUGAGCUGUGCAGCACUCUCAGUCUCACAGGGAUGUUCACUUCCAUCUCUGGGGAAUGUGUCCCAGCUGUGUCCUGCGCUUGUUGCCAUGACCCGGGCUGCUCCCAAGGCUUGUGGUCUACAGCUAUUUGUGUGCUGCAGGGACACAGUAUUCACUGGGGAAGCUCUAACAUGUAACGUCUGUCCUGAUUCAGCAGCACUGAAAUGCUUUUUGAAUCCAUAGUUCAGAAAAGGCAGGGGCACGCAGUUCCUCUCCGCAAGGAACCAAGAGGACAGAUCCAGAGAACAGAGACCUCAACUACCAAAGUACAGGGCCACAGCGGUGCCUGCACUGCCUGUGAGCACUGCUGGUGAUGCAUGGACCUGCACCACUCCUCACAGAGGUAGGAAACCAGCUGGACAACGUCCUCCAGCCAUCAACACACUGGAAUCUCUGGCUUGCCUUUGGCUAAGGGAUUCUUGGAACAGCCACCCGCAUGCAGAAUGGGAACGUUUCACCAGGAACAUCUCACUGGGGUACUGCUGACCAUGCCAGACUUCUUGUUCACUUUCCCCAAAUGUUUUCUGCUAGGACAAGUUCUUUGGGUCACAGCACAGAAUGCAUUAAAGUUAACAAGAAGAUAGACGUUUAGAUAGCACAUUCCACAGACAUCUAACAGUUAAUUAGGGCCCAGAAAAUUUCAUAAUUUGGCCUAAUUUAAGGUAAAAACAAGGCAUAGUAAGUCCAAUUCAUUAGCUCUGUUGAACCUCCAACAUGAAAAUAGAGAAUUGCAAUGUUCUUACCUCUUACUGUUUGUUCUGUAUUUGGUUUUAGCAGUAAAAGUGACUCGGUCUUCUGUCACCCACUGAUCCCUGGCAACAUAAGGAAACUGGUCUUGAGUCUCCAGCAACAGGUUCCUUUCCAGUUGGAUGCAUGUCUUCCUCCAAGAGAAGCACAUGUGUAAGAGGGAUAGCUACAGCUAAGUAGAACCAUCUUCUACUGUCAGCUUCUGUCGGUAUUUGGUGGCUGCUGGGCAGCAAGGUGAGAACUGACUGGCUUCACCACACUUCCCUGUCAUAUCUCCACUGUGAUGUAUGUAAAGUAUCUUGUAUGUUACAAAAGGAUUUUAAGAAGUGUCUUAAGGCCUGUAAACUCCGCUGUUUGGUCAGAAGAUGGCAUUCUGUAAAGAGACCGCUGUAUGAAUACGUUCCCAUGCUUUUUCCCCUAUGCUAUCAAACAACAAACCAUAUCUGUUCUGUAUGUAAUAAAUGUGUUAACAUCA